CAAUGAGGAAGUGGUUCCUCUGUUAUGUGUAUCCUUCACCUUUACAUUUCAACUUAUGAGCGUGUGACGAGUGUUAUACGUCUUAUUAUACAGUUACAGCUCGAAAUAGGCCAGAUAUACUCAAUGUAAUUGUAGCGCAAGACUUUGCAAUCAGACUUUUAAAAAGUGAAAGUGCUAGCAGAACACAGACCCUCCACAGUCCACAUGCCUGAUCUGAUCCGCACGCCGGUGCAGCUUUACCGCUAUCUGCUGCGCUGCUGCAAACUCUUGCCCUCAGCAGCCAUGCAAAAACACUACCAACACGCCAUCAGACAGAGUUACAACAGUCAUGCGGAUGAGGAUGAUCCAGAAAGGAUUCAGAUGAUCAUUCAAAGAGCUAUAUCUGACGCUGACUGGAUAUUAACUAAAUACACUAAAAAGAUGUGAUCAACAUGGAGAGGGUACAGCAUGGAGCUGAAAAAGGUCAUAUCUAGCCUACAGUCAGACUAUAUUACUGCUAAAAAAUGAAACUGAAAUCAUACCCACAGAUUGUUAUCACCAAAUAGCCCACCUUUUACAAGUAUAACAUUUGGCUGGGUUUUACUUGUUACAUUUUUAUAGGAGUCUUUAAAAGCAUCUUGUUUUGUUCUGAACAUGUGAUUAUAUUAUAAAGGCAAUAAAACAAGAUUGCCUUUUAUUCACUUUGGAUCAGAAGCGGCUCCAGACCAUAAAUUUAGGUAGAAUCUGGGCCUUUGGGUUCUGCUACCUUUGUAAAGCCAUUAAAAUGAUUGAUGCUUAUAAGUCAUAUGCUUUCAAGUUAACUUAAUAUUGUUUUUUGUGUGUGUUAAUAAAUGUAUUAUUUAAUGAUA